AUGUCCCAAAUAACGGAUGCCAGCAUACGUGACGCCAUCACGCAGCGUCUAGGGGCCACCCACGUCGAAGUCACCGACAUGUCUGGCGGCUGCGGCCAAGCAUUCACUUGCCUCAUCGUCGCGCCCCAGUUCCAAGGCCUCAACUCCCUCAAGCGCCACCGCCUGGCCAACGCCGCUCUCAAGGAGGAGAUUGCCGCCAUCCACGCCUGGACGGCAAAAUGCCAAACGCCAGACGAGUGGGAGAGGGACAAGGCCAAGGCGGGCCCCCCCAUGGACGGGACCGUCGGGGGCCAUGUCGAAGGCACGAGUGCGUGA